AUGGCCAAAGGAAAGGUUUGCCUGGCUUACUCGGGUGGUCUCGAUACGAGCUGCAUCUUGAAAUACCUGAUCGAGGAGGGGUAUGAGGUCGUGUGUUUCAUGGCCGAUGUUGGCCAGGAAGAGGACUUCGAGGCCGCUCGCGAGAAGGCCGUGAAGAUCGGUGCUCUCAAGUGCGAGAUUGUCGAUCUCCGCCGGGAGUUCAUCGAGGAGCUCUGCUUCCCCGCCAUUGCCUGCAAUGCUGUCUACGAGAAUGUUUACCUGCUCGGCACCUCCCUGGCUCGUCCGGUCAUUGCCCGUGCCCAGAUUGCUGUGGCCCAGCGCGAGGGCUGCUUCGCGGUCUCCCACGGCUGCACUGGCAAGGGUAACGACCAGGUCCGCUUCGAGCUUGCCUUCUACGCCCUGCAGCCCAAGAUCAAGGUUAUUGCUCCAUGGCGCGACCCCGUCUUCUACCAGCGUUUCGCUGGCCGCAAUGACCUGCUCGCCUAUGCCGAAGAGAAGGGCAUCCCCGUCACAUCCACCAAGUCCAAGCCCUGGAGCAUGGACGAGAACCUGGCCCACUGCUCGUACGAGGCUGGUAUCCUGGAGGACCCUGAUACCACUCCUCCGGCCGACAUGUGGAAGUUGACCCAGGACCCUCUGACGGCUCCCGAUCAGCCCGAGGACUUCACUCUUACCUUCGAGAAGGGUGUUCCCGUGAAGCUUGAGUUCACCGAAGGUGGCAAGAAGAAGACUGUCACUGACUCCGUCGACGUCUUCCUGACUGCCAACACCAUCGCCCGCCGUAACGGUGUUGGCCGCAUUGACAUCGUUGAAAACCGUUUCAUCGGUAUCAAGUCGCGUGGCUGCUACGAGACCCCUGGUCUGACCAUGCUGCGUAGCGCUCACAUUGACCUGGAGGGUCUUGUCAUGGAUCGCGAGGUCCGCGCUCUCCGUGACCAGUUCGUCACUGUCAACUACUCCAAGCUCCUCUACAACGGUCUCUACUUCUCCCCCGAGCGCGAGUUUCUGGAGUCCUCCAUCACCGCUUCCCAGAAGUCCGUCAACGGCCAGGUCCGCUGCCGCGCCUACAAGGGCACCGUCUCUAUCCUGGGCCGCUCGUCCGACACCGAGAAGCUGUACGACAUGUCCGAGUCCAGCAUGGACGAGAUUGGCGACUUCUCGCCCGCCGAGACCACCGGCUUCAUCACUGUCUCUGCUAUCCGUCUGAAGAAGUACGGCCAGAUGAAGGCUGAGGCUGGUGAGAAGAUGUAA